AAGAAUAUGCUUUAAAUGAUGUUGCAUAUGAAAACAAUGAUGAAGAAAAUGAUGACGAGUAUGAGAUUGAAGACAAUGAAGAAGAAGAAAAUACAGAAGAUGACAUAGAGGAAGAAGAAGAUGAUGAUGAUGAAAAUGAAGAAGAAGAAAAUGAAGAUAUUGAAGAUAUGAAUGAAUUUGAUAAUGAUGACUAUGAAGAAUAUCAACUUGGUGAUAAUGAAGAAGAUAUGUUCCUUGAUGAUGACCUUGAUGCUGAACUUGAUGAAGAUCUUGAGGCUCUUGAAGGAGAAGAAAGUGAUGAUGAUGAGGAAGAAGAAAAUGAAGAAGAGAUUGAAGAUGUUGAUGAAACUGAAGAUAUAGAAUAUUCUUUGACUGAUGAUUAUUUAACAUAUUAUGCAAGCCGUUAUUAUGUUGACCCAUUCGCCCAAUUCUUUGAUGGGUUCUCAGGUACUCUCCCAGGUAUGCCAUAUGCAUUCUAA